AUGGAUGUGCCAUCACCGUUGUCACAGCAGCCACCACAAGACGACCUAUCCAGUCGACUGUCGAACGUGGAAGAACUCCUUGCACAGAAGGAAGAACAAAGCAGCAAGCGCAUUCAAGAACAGAAGAUGCAGCUGAAUUCGCUACAGGCAUUGAAAGGCAAGGAUGAAAAUCGGCCUGCAAGUGAGCAGCACGAUGUGUUGGCAAAGGUGGCUCAGCUUGAGGAAGCAGUCAAGCAGUGCUCUGAGGGUGUGAAUCAUGCGACUCUCAAGGCUGAGGCUGAGAGCAACAAGAAAAGCAUCGAGGAGCUGCGAGCUACCAUGCUAGCUGCCAUGGAGCAGAAGGACGAGGCGCUCCGAGCUGCCAUGGAGAAGAAGGACGAGGAGAAUGCACGCAAGACCGAGGAGCUGCGAACUGCCAUGGAGCAGAAGGACGAGGAGAAUGCAUGCAAGACCGAGGAGCUGCGAGCUGCCAUGCUAGCUGCCAUGGAGCAGAAGGACGAGCAGCUGCAGGAGCUGCGAGCUACCACGGAGAUGCUGCAAAGCAGCGUUGAUGAAAUUGCGGACUCCAUCCGCAAGUGUGAGAUGGCCAGCUGUCUCAGCAACUGGCUGCUUUUGAAGCUUCACGCCAACGAAAUGCAGUGGGGCGGCCAAUACCCGCUCAUCAUCGACCUCGCCAACUUUCUCAACGUUUUUUUCAACUGCGGCAAUUCGUGCUACAUGCAGGCUUCCCCCGAAGCUCAAUACAGGAUGUGCCAGGCCUACAUUGAACGCCAACAUGGUUACGCGGCCGCGCAUCUGGACUACUACCGGAUCAUGCCCGCGGGGCACUUGGAAAGUGUCUACCAGGAAAAGGCGGCAACGGAUCCGUUUUGCUACACGUACUUCUCUGUGCCUUUGCUUGCUGUUUAUGCCUUUCUCUCUCUCUCUUUCAUUCUCUCUCUUUCAAUUUUACGUUGGCAGGGUUUUCGAUCUCUCGACCAGAAUGGACAUGAGGCCACAAGCCGGCCUUCGCUGGUUACGGUGCUGGACGGGCGAGCGCGUUUUAACCAGAGUGUCAACAGAUCCCAUGUCCAAAUUCACGGCAGCCAUGAUCAAAAGGCUGCCGCACAAAGUGCCAAUCACGCGCUGUGGCCAGAGACCGUCAUUACCAAUGAAAUUAUUGGCCUGCCCAUCUCGAUGGAGAGUGCCGACCUCAACGGUGAUGGCUAUCCAGAUCUCCUGUUUGCUUCUCAUCGAGAGCGCAUCGUCUGGAUUCCAACCUUGUCCAACGGUACCUUUGACUUACCUCGCACCAUCACCGGAAAUAUCGGUUCUGGGGAGUCGGCCAUUGCCGCCGACCUGGAUGGUGAUGGUGAUCUGGACGUCGUCAGCACAAGCCACUCCGACGACAAAUUGGCCUGGUAUGCCAAUGACGGUCAUGGCGUCUUUGGCGACCAGAUUGUUUUGUCCACGGAUCUACCCAUGGCUGGUGCGGCACGCGUUGCUGAUUUGGAUGGCGAUGGUGACCUGGAUAUCAUCUGCACCAGUCGCACGGACAACGCUGUCAGCUGGUUUGCCAACGAUGGUCAUGCCCGCUUCGGUCCGCGUACCCUGAUUUCCACCUCGGCGGUCACUGCCCCCUUUCUCCUUGUUGUCGCCGAUCUGGACAGCGACGGUGCACUCGACGUCCUCGCCGUUGGCGCUGCAGCUACCAACCUCACCUGGUUGCGCAACGGCGGAGGCGCCACCAGUUGGGAGUCCCGUUUCAUAGCUGGAGCAUGGGACAACACCUUCCCAUCCCUUGCCGUGGCGGAUCUAAAUCGAGAUGGCCACCUGGACUUGCUCGUUGGCACCAACUCUGACCACACCCUAACCUUAUACUUCAAUGGCCAAAACAAUCAGUCGGGUCACUUUUCUUCCUCCACGCUCUCACUUGGAACCCAGCCCAGCGGUCUGAGCACCGGUGAUCUUGACGGUGACGGCUGGCUCGAUAUUGUGGUCGGUCGGCUUGAUUCAGUUCUUGUUCUCUACCAAAGCAACGAUGCCGCCUUUACUCUGACCCGCUCCUCUAGCCAUGCCUUGCCUCGGGUCGGGGGCGAGCUCAUUGUCACGGCUGACCUCGAUGCAGAUGGUAAACUUGACAUCGUCACUGCUGGUGAGCGUAAUGAUGCGGCCUUCUGGCUACGCAAUCUGGAUGGAGAUGGCACCAUGGCAAAGUAUUUUCUCAUCAAUCGUCAGCUCGAUGGACCCGAGGCCUUGCAAAUUAUCGAUUGGGACCGUGAUGGAAACAUGGACAUUUUUGGCCUUGGCCGAGCCAAUUUCUUUAUCGGCUAUUUUCCAAACAAUGGCUCGGCUUCAUUUCGAGAGCAAGUACCACUUGCGCUGAACGUGUACCGUCCACAGUCUGCAGCUAUAGUAGACUGGGACCACGACGGCCUUUACAAUGCCCUGAUUGGUGGUCAGGAUGAACUGUUUCAAUUGUUUCCCACAAUAAACUCCAGCCAGGAAGGCUAUCGACUCUCGCUUGUGACUUCGAUGACAGACAGCUACUAUACGGCCUUUGUAGUAGCCGACCUUGACAUGAACAACGUUACUGAUGUGCUGUUUGCUUCAAACUUCAUGUUAGCCUGGUAUCCCUUGAGUGAGAUGGGCCCUUCGAUCGAUGUGAAGAUCAUUGCUGACAAUGUGCGGGUUGUAGCAGCCGCCGUUGUGGACUUGAAUGGUGAUGGUAUCAACGAUGUAGUCACGGCUGAAUAUACGGGAUCGCGUGUGACUUGGUAUCCUGGCUUGGGUCUCGGCACCUUUGGCACUGCACGCACCAUUGCCACGCUGAAUCCACGGCCGUCUGAUUUAAAGGUUGCUGACCUCGACGAGGAUGGCUGGGCCGACGUGGUGGUGCUGAGUCGCGAUGCAAACUUGGUUUGGUAUCGUAAUCUAGGCGAUGGUACCUUUAGCGACGCGAUAAUGCUAGCCGUGGCUGUUGAUGGUUUGUGGGUCGUGACCCUUGCGGACCUUGAUGGAGACAGCCAUCUUGACGUGAUCUAUGGCUGCACGCAAAACAUUUCCUGGCUGUGGGGCAACGGGAAUGGUCAGUUCGCUGCAGCCGAACGACUAACUCUGCUGUCCUCUUCGCCGGCGUGCAUGAGUGUUGGCGAUUUGGACGGCGACGGCGAUCUUGAUCUGGUGUAUGGUGGCAUUCUCAGCAAUGUUGUCGCGGUGCUGGAGAACACAUUGGUGGAGCAAGGCUUCACUCCGCCUUCACUCGGGACCACAAUGAGCACCUCAAGCACCCAAACCACCCCCUCCAGCACUGCGGUAUCAAGUCCAGAACAUUCUGCAAGCAUGUCGUUCAGCGGCGCAAUCACCGGUGUGAUUGUGGGCAUUGUGGUUGCAGUGCUUGCCACGCUGAUGCUGUUGCUGGUGCUCUGGCGUCGUCGCGAGCGACAAGCUCUCAUGGUCUCACCCGGCGAUCCGCGGGCGCGAGCCUUUUGGAUGCAGUUUGAGGAGUCGCUUUCACAACUGCAGGCAACAAACACUAGGCCUGACGCGCCUGCCGAGGAGGCACUCUCAGCUUCACACUUGUCCCUCAUUCCCUUGUACGAGCUUUGCAAUUAG